CCGACGUGUUUGUGGUGCGCCGCUAGCGAUGUAUCCUUGUGGGUCCACAUGUUGUAACAAUUACCGAAAAAGUUGAUUUCACAGCGCCAAUUGCGAUGGCGCAUUUUUUCCAGCUUCUUUUGUAGGUCCACGUGCAAUUACUCGCUUGAUUGCUUUCACUCUUCGCCCUGGGCUGUCGGGUAUAUAUCUAGGGCCAUGAUAGUCCUAUCAUCCCAACAAACCAGUCCCGCCGCGCCUUCCGACAGCCCAACGAAGCCUAUCUCUAGUACUUGACUCUCAAUCACAAUGUCUACCUCCUCCCGAUUCUCCAACGUAUUCGGCACCUGGCGCAAGGCGUCGGCGCACAAACCGUUACCUGGCACACGCGCCUCCUUCGCUCUUCCCGCUGCCACCCAGGCAGCUCAUUUCGCUGCUGCUCCUACGCGCACACCUGAGCAGAAUGACAACACUACAGACCCCAUGGAUGACUUUUUCGGGGUCACUCGCACUCGUGCGACCCAUGAGAGUCGUCAUGACUCAUACGCUCCUAGAGAAGCGCCUCCUCCAUAUGCGGAUGCCACUGAGCUUCCUGCAUACAGCUCCACUCCUGCUGAGCCUGUAACGCUUGCUAUGUAUCUGUUCAAGUUCGGGUUUUUGUUCCCACUAUUCUGGGUACUUGGAGCAAUCAUCCUGCUCUCGCCACUCAAGGCUCCUGCUGACUUUGAACCAACAAAGUCUGAGGUUGAGCGCCAGGAGUUGGUCCAGAUCAUGAGAGAGACUGAGAUCAAGUGGGCCAAAAGAUCCGCUUGGGCACUCCUGAUCUUCCUUAUUGUCAUUGGCAUCAUCGCUGGGGCUAUCAUCGGUGUCUUGAGAUCAUGAACACUCGACACGCACCCACUUUCCUCCCUGCACGACUAUCUCAUUUCCUUAAACUCGGCACGCACGCACUUCCCCCCCUGCACGACUCUCAUUCCCUCAAAGACCAUAGCAUGGGCUUCAUUUCCGCCUUCGUAUUUCAUUUCAAUGUCCUGAGGGUGGCCUCAGGUCAUAAUCACCCGAUCUUUCCUUAUAUUUCUCGGAACCAAAAUUUGUUGUAUCAGAAGUGUUUCCUCACAAUUUCCACUCCAACAAAUGGGACACACUGUAUGACUAGAUGUCCUUACUUAUGACUAUAUUAUGAUUGCAGGGUAGAA